AUGAAAUAAAAAUUUUGGAUAGCUAUUCCAAAUGAAUUGAAGUGGAAAAAUGAAAAACCUAUUUUGAAAUCUGAAUUCUAAAAGUCAAACAAAAAGGUGAGAUAUUUAAUCGCCUACGAUCAUUAUAUUCUUUUUACAAAAGUAUUAUUCGAUUCAUUAUUAAAAUAGAAGCCUGAGGAUCCUCCAAAAAAAUAUCUGAAAUUGGAUUUUGAAACGAAAUUUGAGAUCCUCAGAACCUAAGUUUAAAAAAAGGAUGAAGAUGACGAUUCGUUGGGUGCUAUAAUUGGAAUGAGUCUAAUGAGAGAUCAUGGAUAAGAUCAAAUAACAAGUUACUCUUUAUCAGCCAAUGAAAAAGUGAUAGCUUAAUGGAGAGAAUUUUUUUAAUCCAGAAUUAAUUAAUGGUAAUUUCAUCAUCUUUUCAGAGUAUUCAAAAAAAUCGGAAAGGGCAAUUUCGCAUCUGUAAUUAUUUCAUUUGAUUGUAGGUUUAUUUGGGGGAACGCAUUGAGGAUGGUGCCUAGAUGGCAAUUAAAGCAUUCUCAAAAUAAGCAGCAUAUGCAGAAGAUCAUGGAAAAGAGGCUAUCGUGAAUGAAUUAACAAUCAUGAGAAAAUUAAACAAUCAUCAUCUAAUGAAAAUGUAUGAGAUUUAUGAAACAUAAAACUCCCUUUAUGUUGCACUUGAAUUGUUAGAAGGUGGUUCAUUAUACGAUCUAAUCAAAGAAAAAGUGAUAUUGUCUACAAAACAAAUGUAAUAAAUAUUGGUUGGAAUCUUACAAGGAUUGUGUCAUAUGCAUGAAAAAGAUAUCAUGCAUAGAGAUCUAAAAUUAGAAAACAUUUUAUUCAAAUAACCAAAGUAAAAAUAUUUGUUAAAUUCAUAGGAAAAUGGAAACGGUAGUCGUGGCAGAUUUUGGUUUGGCCACUCAUGUAAAUGAACCUGUUUAUUUGUAUUGCAGAUGUGGAACUCCUGGCUAUGUUGCACCUGAAGUUAUCAACAUUAAAGAUAUGAAAGCCCAUUAUAGUUCUGUCUGUGACAUUUACAGUCUUGGGUUAGUGUUUUAUUUGCUAUUAACUGGCAAACCUGCCUUUCCUGGAAAAAGUUACGGAACUGUGGUGAAGUAAAAUAGAGAAGCAACUAUUGAUUUCACAUUGAAAUAAUUGCAAAAUGCUCCCAAUACUGCAGUUGAUUUAUUGAGAAGAAUGCUUGAAAAGGAUCCUAGUAAAAGAAUAAGUGCACAUUAAUGUUUGUAGCAUCCAUACUUGGCAGAAAUGAACUAGGUUAUGUUAGAAGAUAACUAAAACGAUUUUAUUGAUGAAGGAGAGGACAAUGAUUUGGGAAUGCGAAUGAAUGCCUUAAAUGAAGAGUAAUUAAUUAAUAAAUCCUUAUAGAUCGGCUAAAUUUGAUGCAUUCAGAAGAAAUCAAUUGAUGAAUUCGCCUUAAUCAUCUCCAGGUGCUUUGGCUACUAAACAACUAAAGCAUUAAAAAAACAUUGAUUCUUCUAAUUAACUAUAAUUGAAUUCACCUUUAUUAACAGGUAAAACUGACAGUGUCGACAGCAUUCCUAACAUCGGAAUGACUUAAUAGAAAUAGUAAAAUACUUUUCAAGCCUCUCCUCAAAUUAAACCUUCCCGUUUUAAACAGUAAUAAUAUGUAUUAUAUCUUAUAGAAACGUCCCUUAACAAAAAUAAGAGAAUCCAUUAUUAAAAUAUACUUAAAAGAAAGAAUGAC